CCAAAAGGGCAAGCAAAGAGCAAAGAGCAACGGAACGCAGGGCAAGCAGCGCAGCGCAGGGCCCAGAGAGCAUGCCCCUUUUGUUCCGGCAGCGAGCGAGCCAAAACUCGUUGCCCCGAAUCACGCCGUCGGUCGCUGCUCUUGUUGCAUACGGCCUCUGUUGCACGGUGCUCGUCGCGCUGCUUGCCGGCGCCCGAUCGUUUGCACCGAGGGAGGCCUUUUCCACCGCUGCUUCGAAAAGAACCUCCCCGGUCCCCAUGUCGCCGUCUUCCCCCGCGACCGAAUCCGUGCGCUGGAGGCCCCUGGGGCCGGAGCUCUUUCCGAGCCCCGUGUCCCCGGACGACGGGUGCCGGUACGCCAAGGACGAGGCCUACCUGGGGGCGGUGCUGGGCUCGUGGAAGACGAACCCGGCGGGCCCAAGGGCGGAAACCUCGCCGUGGGUCUACCGCGACCAAGACGGGACGGCCCUCUACGGCCACGCCGUCCGGCCGAUCGAGCGAACCGCUUCCACCGGGGCCCCCCGGCCCGGAAUCCUCCUCUUCCACACCGCGGCCGGCCCGCAGGACGUCUUUUUGUUCCAAAAGGCGGAGCAGCUGGCGGUGUCCGGCGACCUCGGGCCGGACGGCUGCGUCGUCCUCGUCUGCGACCUCCUGUCCGACCCCGACGGCUGGGCCUGGACCCCGGGCGGGGACCGCACCCGGUUCGACCGCCAGAAGGAGCUGCUCUUUCGGGACAACGCCCGCCUCCUGCGGGCGAGGGUGGAAGCGGCCGUGGAGGCCCUUUCCGGGGACGACCGCCUCGGCGUCGACCCGGACCGGCUCGCCGGCCUGGGGUGGUGCUUCGGUGCCCACCCGAUCCUGGAGCUCUCGGGCCUCCGGCGGCCGCUUGAGGGCGGGACGGAAGAGGGCCCCACCGCGGUUGCCCUGGUGUCGUACCACGGGGUCUACCGGCGGGAUCCACCGGGAUCCCCGGCCACCGGUGGCGAUCCGGGCGACGGGCCGCGGGGGAUCCUUCCGCCGGCACCGGUGGGAGACGUCCUGAUCUGCACCGGGGGGAGCGAUCCCUUUGUGUCGGGGGAGGACCUGGACGCCGCGAAAGCCGCCAUGGAGGAAGGCUCGUACCGCGUCGCGAUCGCGGAGUUCGAGGGAGCAAAGCACGGCUUCACGAACCCGGCCCAGGACUUCAACCCCAACCCGGCCUUUGGAUACGACGAGCACGCCGCAACCGAGUCGUGGAAGGCUACGAUGGAACUGCUGAAGCGACGGCUCGGGCCGCCAGGGUAGCAGGGAUGGGAUCUUGGGAACGAGCCGAGAAGAAGAACCGAUUCAUCGUCUUCUUCUUCUUUUUGUAGGGUUUUUGCUCGACUCUACAGGAGGAAACAUGAUAGGCCUCACUUGCACGAAACAGUUGGGACUUCACCGAGGUUUCUUCGGUGUUGGUGUUGGGUUGAACCAGAGUAAAAGUACCUCCCGAGCUAUUGCAUCCCUUGCUACUGAUGGGCACCAGCCCUCGCACCGCGGAUCCUAGUACUACUAGCACUACUAGUAGCUCUCAAAAUAAUUAGCCAAUGAAAUACAUGCAAAUUCCAUACCCCAUCUUCUUGCUCCUACUACUGUAUAUGAUGAUGGCAUUAAACAUCCUAAUAUACU